AGCCCACAUCUCCCUCUGGCUUGGGGCUGCGGUUCCAGUUCAGCCGUACACAAGACCAGGAUGUUCACAUCCUGCAGGCUCAGCUUUGGCUCUACCUUCGAGUUCCCCGAGACCCUCUAACCAGCCUCACCCUGAGAAUCUUCCUGGCUGAUAGGGAAGGUGAUUUGGUGGGGGGCAAUCGCACGUUACUGAGCGAGAGGCGCCUGAGCGCGAAGGGCAGCGGCUGGCACGCCUUCACCCUCAUGCCCGCCCUGCAGAGGUUCUUUGAGGGAGAACGCAGGACCCUGCGGCUGGAACUGGAAAGCCAUGGGGACAGGGCUGAUAUCAUGGGAAUAGUCAAUGCCAGCAGGUCCCACCAGCCCUUCUUGGUGGCUGAUGCGACCGUGCGGGAGCCAGGACACCAUGUGGCCAAGCGCGCCCUCCGCUGAAGCCAGAACUCCAACCUCUGCUGCCGCAAGGACUAUUAUGUGGAUUUCCGGGACAUCGGUUGGAACGACUGGAUCAUUAAGCCUGAGGGCUACCAGAUAAACUACUGUGUGGGCCAGUGCCCUCUACAUGUGGCAGGUAGUCCUGGGAUGGCCUCUUCUUUCCACACAGCUGUCUUUAACCUCGUCAAAGCUAACAACAUCCAGGCAUCAGAGCACUCUUGCUGUGUGCCCACGAGACGCCGGCCACUCUCUGUCCUCUACUUCGAUCGCAACAGCAACAUUGUCAAGACUGACAUCCCUGACAUGAUUGUUGAUGCCUGUGGCUGUAGCUAG